CGCGCUGUUUUCGCAUAUACCAGUUAAACGGGCCACCCUACGAGUCGAGCAACGAUGCUGAAGAUUUUGUGCUUGGUUUGCGUAAUGGCCGCAUACUGCAACGCCGUGGUUCUAAGCGGUUACAACGGAGGUCACGGGAUCAGUUACAGCGAUUACGAGGGCCUCGAGGCGUAUUCGGGGGUUUCUAACUAUGGAGAACAUGCGGUAUUGCCAACGGUAGCCGUUCCAGUCCACGCGGUUUCCGCCGCACCGGUGCAUGUCGCUGCGACGCUCGACCACGGGGUGCACGGUUACGACCAUCAUGGUGACCAUGACCACGAUUACUACGCUCACCCCAAGUACACCUUCAACUAUGGCGUGCACGACCCCCACACGGGAGAUGUAAAGACCCAGCACGAGGUUCGCGACGGCGACGUCGUCCACGGAUCCUACAGCGUCAACGAGCCCGACGGUAGCGUCCGAAUCGUCGAGUACACCGCAGACGAUCACAACGGUUUCAACGCUGUCGUGAAGAAGGUCGGUCCAGCUGUCCACCCUAAACCCAUCCACGUGGCGAAGUACGUGUCGCCAGCGUACUUCAACAGCUACGAAGAUUAUGAGAAGCACUACUAA